UGACUAGCGGCGAAACGUAUGUUUGCCGAGCAAGAAUAGAGCGGUGGUGAGGAAAGUGGCACUGUCAAAUCAUAGGCUGACUGCAUGGUAAAAAAAAAAGACGUAGCUAAUUCCAGAUUGCGUUUUCCAGCGGAAUGUUCACUCGAAGGGGCCAUGGAGACGUCAAGAAAUCUACACAGAAAGUUCUGGACCCAAAGAAGGAUGUAUUGACCCGACUGAAGCACCUCCGGUCACUGUUAGAUAUCUUUGAGAAGAGUGAAUUGAAGACCUUCUUCGAAAGCAACUGUUCUCAGAUUUAUUUUAUCUUCUAUGAAAAUUUCAUUACACUGGAAAGUAACAUAAAGCAAAAAGGGAACAAAUCUCAGAGGGAGGAGCUGGACUCUAUCCUCUUUAUUUUUGAAAAAAUUCUGCAACUUCUACCAGAAAAAAUCUACAGUCGAUGGCAGUUCCACAGUAUAGGUUCUAUUCUGAAAAAGCUUUUGCACACUGGAAACUCAUUCAAGAUCAGAUGUGAGGGAAUUCGUCUGUUCCUGCUGUGGCUGCAGGCCCUGCAGAAUAACUGUGCAGAGGAGCAGUUCCUCAUCUUUGCCUGCCUGGUGCCAGGCUUCCCUGCCGUGCCCUCCACCAGAGGACCCUGCACCCUGGAUACCAUCAUCUACAACCCUUUCUCCAACCCUUCCGAUGCCAAGGUGGUGCCUGAGGAGAUUACCCCACUGGUGCCAGCUGUGCCAGGGGAGAAGUUGGCAGAUGACCAGACCUGCUACAUCCUCCAAACCCUGCUCAAGUUCAUGGUUGUCCAGGCGUCUAGUUUAGAGUGGAGGAACAAAGACAACCAGGACACCGGCUUCAGGUUCCUCUUCAGUCUGUUCAAGAAGUACUACCUUCCUCACCUCUUCCCCUCCUUCACCAAGCUCACCAACCUCUACAAGCCACUUUUAGACCUCCCCCACCACAGACCAAAGCCUCUGUAUGUCCCAGUGACCCGUAACAACGAGAGCACGUUCUGUACGAGGGACCAGUACCUAGCUCCCCGUGUGGCCUUUAUUACCUGGCUGGUCACCUUCUUCCUGGACAAGAAGUACAUCAGCACCCCCAGCGCCAAGAACGGGACGAACGAGGUCAUCCCCAAACUCAUCCAGACUGUCACUGCAGGCAGUAGCAGUCAGGAGAAGGAGAGGGAUAAAGACCGUGGUGGUAGUGAGGAGCCCCACGGCCCUACAGAGCCAGAGAAGAGCCACUCUAACAGUAGCACGCUGUCUGACCGGCGCCCCAGCGACUCCAGCCUGUGCAGCAUCGACGAGGAGCACCGCAGCGUCUACGACAUGGUGCACGGCAUCCUGCUCUCCACACGGGACAACAUCAACUUCGUCAACGAGGUCUUUCACCAGGCCUUCCUGUUGCCCUCCUGUGAGACGUCAGCGACCCGGAAGGUGAUCAAGGUGUACAGGAAGUGGAUCCUGCAGGAGAAGCCAGGCUUCAUGACGGAGCCAGAGAAGAGCAGACAGGCUGAGGUGGAGGAGAACCCUGAGCAGCUGCUCAUCACUGAGACUGACAACACACACACACCGCAGGUGUUGAAAAGUCACGGUCACAAGCGUUCAUCCAGUUGGGGAAGAACAUACUCUUUCAGCAGUGCCAUCAGCCGGGGCUGUCUCACUGAGGAACAGAACAGAGACAUCAAGGCUGGCAUCCAGCCCACCCUGCAGGUGUUCCUGACCAACUCUGCCAACGUGUUUCUACUGGAGCCGUGCCAGGACGUGCCCAAACUACUGGACAACCAGGUGGAGGUGUGCAAGGGGGUGCUGAGCAUCUACCGCCACAUGAUCAUGGAGCACGCCAUGAACACACAGACAUGGCAGCAGAUGCUUCAGGUGCUGCUGAGGAUCACUGAGGCGGUGAUGAAGAGGCCUCAGGAGAACCAAAGAAAAGACCUCUUCGCUGAGAGCCUGGCUGCCAUCCUCUUCAGGACAAUCAUCGUGGCGUGGGUACGGGCCAACCUGUGUGUCUUCAUCUCUCGGGAGCUGUGGGACGAGCUGCUGUCUGUGCUGUCGUCUCUGACAGGCUGGGAGGAGCUGGUGACAGAGUGGGCCAGCAUCAUGGAUUCUCUGACCGCUGUCCUGGCCCGCUCCGUCUACGGCCUGGACAUGAGCAACCUGCCCCUGGACAAACUCAGUGAACAGAAGGAGAAGAAACAGAGGGGACGGGGAGUGGUCCAGGACUCCCAGAAGGCAGCAGCGGUGGCCAGGUCCUUCUCUCUGAGCUGGAGGAACCAGGGAGACCAGCAGGGGGUCCAGGAGCCCAUGAGGUUCCGCAGCGCUACCACCUCAGGGGCCCCUGGCGUGGAGAAGGCCCGCAACAAUGUCCGACAGAAAGCCACAGACGUGGAGGAGGGCCAGCUGUCUGAGUGUGGGGGAGACGGAGACCUGGAGUCUGGUGACAGCCCUCUACCACGCAGCAGCAGCACCUCCGACAUCACACAGCAACUGUCUGACACCUUCCCAGGCCAGAAGAGAGCGUACUCCCCCAACAACUCCUGUGUCUCCGAUGGCAAGACGUCAGAAGGGAGGAGAGACGGCGACCCACCCUUGAUUCUGAUCCGGCGGAGCAGCAGUCCAGCUGAGCUGGACUACCCUGUAGAGGGACACAGCACAUACACAAGGCUCCAGCUCCGGGAGAAAAGUGAGAGUGUGAGCAGCGAGACGUCCAACGGCUACCUGAACGACGCUGACAGCAGCCUGCUGACCUGGCAGGCGUUUGAGGAGGAGGCAGACUUCCAUUCAGCCCAGAUAGGGGUCAAAGCAGACACAGAGAGCCAGAGGAACCUGCUGCUCAGCCACAAUGAGGCCCUUGCAGGUCCCGAGUGUGCCCUCUCUCCCCACUCCACACCACUGUCUCAGCACCAGCACCCCCCCGCCUCGCCAGCUUUGCUCGUGCACCCUGAGUGCCGGGACUGCCCCCAGCUCCUAGAGGACACCAUGCAUCAGUCUGUGUUACACAUGCCUCAGGACCUGGACAGCAGUGAGUGUCUGACUGAUGAUGUCAGCAUCAUUGCAGGCGGGAGCCUAACAGGCUGGCACGCUGACUCAGCCUUUGUGCUCUGGAGGAGGAUUCUGGGUAUCCUGGGGGAUGUCAACAGCAUCCGCUGCCCCAGGAUCCACGCCAAGGUGUUCAGUUACCUCUACGACCUGUGGCACAAAUUGGCUAAGAUCCGGGACAACCUGGGCAUCAGUGUGGAUAACCAGUCAUCUCCUCCCCGCCCUGUCUUCAUCCCUCCUCUCAGAAUGCUGGCCUCCUGGCUCUUCAAGGCCACCAUGCUGCCAUCAGAGUUCAAGAUGGGGAAGCUGCAGGCCUAUAAACUAAUCUGUGAGAUGAUGACUAAGAACCAGGACGUGCUGCCCAACAGUGACUUCCUGGUCCAUCUCUACCAAGUCAUGCACAAGGGCUUCACCAGCGAGGACCAGGACGUUCUAAACACAGUGAUCCGUUCCUGUUCCCCACGCUUCUUCUACCUGGGCCUGCCUGGCUUCACUAUGCUGGUGGGAGACUUCAUCACCGCUGCAGCACGCAUCCUCAGCCACGACACCGCCGAGGCUCCGAGGAUUGACGCACAGACUGUCCUUGGGUCGCUGGUCUGUUUUCCCAACAUCUACCUGCAGAUUCCUCUACUGCAGACUGUUCCUGGAACUGAUAACAUCGUCGUCGGGAACGAGGACAUUAAGGACUAUCUGGUCAACAUCUUACUGAAGACGGCACGGAAUGAACCCUGUGAGGCAGCCAGGUGUAUAGCUGUGUGUAGUCUGGGCCUGUGGGUAUGUGAGGAACUGAUGCAGAAUAAUAUUCACCACCAGGUCAAGGAUGCCAUCAAUGUACUGGGCGUAACACUAAAGUUUGGGAACAAGGCUGUGGCUCAUGUAGCCUGUGACCUGUUCCAGCUCCUCAUCUCUCACUGGGAACACCUCCAGAGGCUAGAGCGCUCUCUCCCAAAGAAAAUCAUUGAGAUCUUUGUGGCUACUAUAGCAUUUCUGUUGCCGAGCGCAGAGCACUCGGCAGUGGAGGCUGACAAAAAGCUAAUGGUGUCUCUGCUGCUGUGCCUGCUGGACUGGUGUAUGGCCAUGCCCCUGAGUAUGCUGCUGGAGCCCAUCACCAUGCCCGUGCUGGAAGACUCCACAUCCCACAAGGCCCCUCUGCUCGACUACAUCUACAGGGUGCUUCACUGUUGUGUCUCUGGCUCCAACCUGCACACCCAGCAGAGUCACUACCUCCUGAGCCUGUCUGACCUCUCCACUGACUACGACCCCUUCCUCAUGCUGGGCCAGGUCAAAAAUUCUGAGCCCCCGCCCUCACACACUGCUGCAGACUUUGGCAACCUGCUCACCGUUGCCGAAGAGAAGAAAAGACGGAAUAUGGAGCUCAUCCCUCUGACGGCACGGAUGAUCAUGACACACCUUGUGAACCACCUGGGCCACCAUCCCCUCAGUGGUGGCCCCGCCCUCCUGCACAGCCUGGUCAGUGAGAACCAUGACAACCCCUUUGUGGAGUCAUCAGAACUCUCCUCUGAGGUGUUCAAGAGCCCCAACCUGCAGCUGUUUGUGUUCAACGACAGCACCCUGGUGUCCUACCUCCAGGUACCCUCGGAGCCCUCUGAUCCAGGGGAACCCCACGACAACUCCUCCCAGGUACGGGUCAUCGUCAGGGACAUCUCUGGAAAGUACUCCUGGGACGGAGGGGUCCUCUACCGGACCCAGGAGGGAGUCAACGGCAUGCAUCAGAGGACCUCAGACCCCUCCAACCACUCCACCACCAAGCCUACCUCAUCAGGCACCUCAGACCCUUCCAACCACUUCACCACCAAGCCCACCUCACCAGGCACCUCAGACCCCUACAACCACUCCACCACCAAGCCCACCUCACCAGGCACCUCAGACCCCUACAACCACUCCACCUCCAAGCCCACCUCACCAGGCACCUCCGAGCGCUCCAACCCCCCUGGCUGGGACUCCCAGUCAGGCUGUGAUGAGGAGGAGGUAGAUGGCCUGGACCAGCUCCUAGAAGACCUGGGAUACAGCAGCCCUGAGUGCCUGCCCCAGCCCCGGCUGAGGCUCAACCAGCCAGCCCCCUCUCCCUGUGGGAUGAACCUGGAGCAGGAGGGGGCCAUCGUGGAGGCCAUCCUCAGGCAGAUGCAGCAGGAGGAGGAGCAGGUGAAGAGGUGGAACGCAGACGUGAGCGUCAAGGUCACCAGCCAGAGAGAACCCGCUCACCAGGAGCCCAAAGCUCUCUUCUACUUCUGCAGACUGCUACUCAACGACCUGGGCAUGAACUCAUGGGACCACAGGAAAAGCUUUCAUCUCCUGAAGAAGAACUCAAAACUUUUGAGAGAACUGAAGAAUUUGGAUUCCAGGCAGUGCAGGGAGACACACAAGAUCGCUGUGUUCUACAUCGGGGAGGGUCAGGAGGACAAAUGCUCCAUCCUGUCCAACAGCGCAGGCAGUCAGACCUACGAGGAUUUUGUGUCUGGCCUGGGAUGGGAGGUGGAUCUAGCCACACACUGUGGCUUCAUGGGAGGGCUUCAGAGGAACGGCAGCACAGGACACACUGCUCCCUACUACGCUACCUCCACGAUGGAAGUCAUCUUGCAUGUGUCCACACGCAUGCCGUCCAACUCUGACGACUGCCUCACCAAAAAGCUGCGUCACCUGGGAAACGAUGAAGUUCACAUAGUGUGGUCGGAGCACAGCAGGGACUACCGGCGCGGCAUCAUCCCCACUGACUUUGGAGACGUGCUGAUCAUCGUGUACCCCAUGAAGAACCACACGUUCUUCAUCCAGAUCAUGAAGAAACCACAGGUCCCUUUCUUUGGGCCUUUGUUCAACGGGGCCAUCGUCACUGGAACGCUGCUGCCCAGCCUGGUGCGCGCCACCUGCAUCAACGCCAGCAGAGCUGUCAAGUCCCGCCUGACACUCUACCAGAGCUUCUAUGAGGAGCGUGCGCUUUACCUGGAGGCCAUCGUGCAGAACCACCGGGAGGUCAUGACCUUUGAGGACUUUGCCUCGCAGGUCUUCUCCCCUUCAACCAGCUACUACCCAAUGAGUGGGACAGGUCAGAAUCCUACUCUGCUCCUCCACUUCCUCCUCUACUCCACAGCAGCACACCUGUUAGCCCUCCUCUUCAGACCCCUCCAUCUCUAUGUCCUGGUCCUUGUCUCCUCACACCCACACUCUGAUGAAUAUCAAAGGCAGCAGGGCCAAGCUCUCUCCACACUGUCUGAGCAGCAGCAUCAAAGACUUUACCGUGGCUCAACAACUUAGUCAGGCCCUGCUCCUUGUCUCUCCGUGUUCUGUUUCAUCUCACCCCCUCCUCUGUUUUUAUCUCCCCCUCUCAUUUAAUUAGCCCGGCAGAAAUAUACAUGAUGUGACAUGAUUGAAUGUGGGUUAAACCCGGUGUAUGUGAUCAGUCCUCUUAUCAGAGCGUUCAUACCUGUACCAGAGAUAUGCAGUCUGCUAAACACUGGGUUCACACUGCUGUCUCCCAGAGGUCAGGAAGAGGGGAGACUGAGGGGGACUUCAUUAAACAAUGUCUCCUCUUCCUGCCCUGGCUUGGCCUAGAUCUGAUGGGUCUAUAACAACAACAACUCCGCUAACAUCCAAUCAGUACAGCAAUGCUCUCAUGCACUGAUACAAUUGGAAACCUGUGUUCUUUUAUUGUCAUGACUGGAAACUUAAUCUGUUAUUGUGUGUGUGUCUUGGCUACGUGCGUACGAACAUGUCUCUGUGUGUGUAUACGUGUGUGUAUGUUGUGUCUGUACGUGUGAGUAUGUGUGUGUGUUGUCCAGAUUUAAGCCAGCAGUCCCAGAAGGCAGGGUUGAUAAGCAGACUGGCAGAGGCAGGAGGUAGUCUGAUAAGCAGACUGGCAGAGGUAGGAGGUAGUCUGAUAAGCAGACUGGCAGAGGCAGGAGGUAGUCUGAUAAGCAGACUGGCAGAGGCAGGAGGUAGUCUGAUAAGCAGACUGGCAGAGGCAGGAGGUAGUCUGAUAAGCAGACUGGCAGAGGCAGGAGGUAGUCUGAUAAGCAGACUGGCAGAGGCAGGAGGUAGUCUGAUAAGCAGACUGGCAGAGGCAGGAGGUAGUCUGAUAAGCAGACUGGCAGAGGCAGGAGGUAGUCUGAUAAGCAGACUGGCAGAGGCAGGAGGUAGUCUGAUAGGCAGACUGGCAGAGGCAGGAGGUAGUCUGAUAGGCAGACUGGCAGAGGCAGGAGGUAGUCUGAUAGGCAGACUGGCAGAGGCAGGAGGUAGUCUGAUAGGCAGACUGGCAGAGGCAGGAGGUAGUCUGAUAGGCAGACUGGCAGAGGCAGGAGGUAGUCUGAUAGGCAGACUGGCAGAGGCAGGAGGUAGUCUGAUAGGCAGACUGGCAGAGGCAGGAGGUAGUCUGAUAGGCAGACUGGCAGAGGCAGGAGGCAGCCUGAUCUAUUAAUGUAAUUACAGUCAACUCCCUUUACUGCAGAGGUGUAAAAAAACAAAGCUGACCUCUAUUUCAUCAACUAUAAUACUAAACAGGGAGUAUUCUGUAGGGAGAGGGGAACAGGGAGAGAGGGAAUGAGAGAAAGGGGAGAGCGAGAGGAAAUGGGAGAGAGAAUCUUGUGUGUGGGGCAUUCAUCUGUUCUCUGCUGGUGUGUGUUAUUUGUAGUGGAGCAGGAGAUGGAUAGCUGGUUGGGCUGAUUGAGUCCUCUUUGUGAUUAUGGGAUCAUAGGUUAGUCUGACCAGACAAUACAUUAUUAUUUUCUCUUAUUGUUAAAUGAGGAUUGGUUUCACAGCGUGGUGCAUCAGCUGUGUCUGAGAGCAGGCAUAACCACAAGACUUACUUUAAUCACCCUCUUUAAUCCUGUGGAAAUUAAUUUGGAACAUCUAUACAAAUGGAUGAAUAUACAAAUAGAUGGGCAAACAUUAUUUUGGGGCUAUUGCAUCUCUGUCUGUCGUGACCGAGGACGUGUUAUUUUGUCCACCGUGGGUUUGGAAUCAGCUGGUCCUCUACAUCAACUGUUUCUAGCCACAGCACCACAUCACAGAGAUGCAGGGCAAUUUCAGGAAUCACUCUAGGUCUGCAUGCAGACUUCACCUGGCAAUCUUCUAAACAAGGGGGAGGUUAAAUCCUAGUACACACAGAUACAGGUGCUCACAGCUUCUUCCAGUGAUAAACCAGGCAUUUUUCUGAGAAGUGGUUCUUUAUAUUUCUUUUAGUCUUUUUUGUCAACAUGUUUUCCUGUAUUUACAGCGGCCGUGUGGAUAGUGUACAAUACAUUUAUGUUCAUGUACAUUCUCUAAUAUUUAGUCUGUUUAUGUCCUGUGUAUGGUCCUAUGCAUCAACACAUGGCCACUGAUAUAUAAUCACAGAAGGCUGCUUAGUUUUGUCCCUUUGUUGUGUCUGUGACCUCAGACUUAAAAAGCUGCUCUCAUUGUCACCCUUCUCAGAUGUGCUGGUGUCUAGUAAUACAGUGAUUGUCUGUUGCCCUCUCAUGUGUCUUUGUCGUGCUUGUGUCCCAUGUUUCAUAUGCUGCUGCAGUGUGAGUGUGUGUGCUUGUCAAUACCCCUGCUUAGGUUCAUUGCUCCACUAAUAUGUCAUCCAUGACGUGCAGCGUGCCGGCGUUGGCCGGGGAUGGUUUGGGACAUGGAGUACCCUUGGGCCAAGCUGGACUAUGAAACAAUGUUAAAGGUGUCAUUGCGGUAAUUGAAGAAGGCUCCCUCAGUGGCAGCACGAGUGCUGAGCUCAGUGUUUCCGUAGGAACGGACCAUGUGGACCAGGUCUCUCCCACGAUGCCCCGUGCCACAAAAAACAGAGUUUCCGGAAAACUCCGCCGAUCGGCCAGCGCCAUAAGCAAAUCCUCCAACUGAGCUCUCUCGCCCAACCCACCCCCAAAAACCUCCUGUUUGGCCUUCACUACUGGUCAUGUUUUAAACCGUCAUACCGACCCCUAAUGACUACAGUUUGGGGGUGUGCUUUGUUUGUUUUGUUUUGUGUGUGUCGUUUAAACAUUUAACUGGAGCAUAUUGCACAUUUUAAUUUGUGGCAAUGAUUGAUUCUUUGAUACACUUCCAGUUGUUUUGCUGUUGAACUGCAUAUUUGAGAUGAAGCUAUUGGCGUUUUUAGCACUACUCAGUACAGUGAUAAAACGAGGUAUGUAUAGCCAGGGACUGGAGUGAAAGAUCAUGUUAGGAGACUUGAAGUUCAUUUCAAUAUUGUUUUUUCAUGCCAUAGCUGUUGAGCUGGUAGUUGACACUGCUGUAGAGGAAAACUCUAAGAGGCUGAAAUGCUAGAGAAAUGGGAGACUGUCUUAGAUUGUAUUCUUGUGAAGAGAAGCAGCUGCGCAUAUAUAGUUAAUAUAUACUGUAAUAAAACAUUUCUCAUCGUCCAUAUGCAUUUUGAUAUGUCUGCCUUUUUGAUUUUCUCAUUGACCCCCCCUUGUGAUCCUGCUGUGUGAAACACUGAUGAUAGUCUUGCAGUGCUGUUGACAGGAUAGGAUGAUUUUUAAGGGUGAUGUUGUUGUUUGGUUUGUUGUUUUGUCCUGGGUCUUGAGCCAUGGAAGCCUGUCUGUCUGUCUGGGUCAUACUCAUCCUCUUGUUGUGGAGAGGAGGAAGGACUGCGUCAUAGGAGGUGCUGCUCUAGCGUAAUGCUGCACCGUACCACACACUUCCUGUUUACGGAGUGCUGUGAGUGUGUGCAGUAGGAGUCUGUUUUUAAUAGUUAUGAACCUGGAGUGGACAAUCAAUGAUGUCUUUCCAACCUGAGGUGAAUCGAAGCUUGUUUGUGUUUUUCUAUCUCUCUAAUGUCCUUUUUAAAUGGAUUCUGAUGGAUUUUGUCAUGCUUUGAUUUAUGCAACUCUGCUGGAAAUGAGAAAAUACUACAUUUGUAAUUGUUUAGUGAUGUUAUCCUAUGUAGGAUUGUUUAACCUGGGUUCAUAAUCUGUAAUCCAAUAAGUUCCAUCUGUCUCUUCCUCUGCUAUAAUUUUCUUGUUGUCUUGUAAAUAUGACAAAUAUGUAAUAUUUAAAUAUGACAUUCCAAUGUCCCUACAGAUGAUCUUUUGCACUCACUGUCAUUGAAAACUAGCAUUGAAUGUUUUUUUUCUCUUUAUUCUUGGAUGUAACUUGCUUUACAUUUUAUUUGAUGUGUUUGUUUCAGUGUGUGAGAGCAUGCAAAGUCGUAUUUGAAGACUUAUUUUGCUGUUGUAUAAUGUAUACAUGUGCUGUUUUAGAGGAAGAAGUAGCCGGAGCCUCAGGUGAAUCUUAACUCCAUGCACUGCGUGUGCGUGUGCGUGUGUGCGUGUGUGCGUGUGUGUGUGUGUGUGUGUGUGUGUGUGUGUGUGUGUGUGUGUGUGUGUGUGUGUGUGUGUGUGUGCGCGUGUGCGUGCGUGCGUGCGUGCGUGUGUGUAUUUCUGAAGGAGCUUAUUGCAGUGCCUGUGUAAUAUGUCCACCAAUAUCCAUUCCUAGACCCUACCACUGUUAGACAUAAUUUGAUUUAUUUUGGGUUUUUUUAUUCCAAGAAGCAAAACGUGGACAGCUAGCUUUGCCUUCCUGUCUCACAUCUCUGUUAACUAGAGGGAGAGUCUUUUUCCCCCCUAUUUGACUGUGAAGGUCAGUGUCUUGUCCUAGUCCUCACAAGCGUUUUAUAUGAACAGAUUGACUGGGUUUGGCCCACUUUGUUUAUUUGAGGUGCUCUUUUCUCUCUGAAUUGGAAACAAAUUCCACCUCCUCUUUCCCAUGAUGCACCAUGAGUAACCUCAUGAGGCCAGUGGGGGUUGGGGAGUUAGAAGGUAUACCAGCGCUGAGCUCUGGUGACCCUCCUAGCAAUAGGCAGGUUGACUCUGUGCUACCCAAGCCCCCUCCUCCUCCCACCCAAACCUGCCGCUUUAGGUUGCCAUGGAAGCCAGGUGUUACAUACACAUGAUGGAGGGCUCUACCCGAGCUGCAACACUGUCCGUCUGUUGCACUACUUUACCUUACCUGUACAUCUCCAUUUUCAUUCAUUUUGUUCUCUCGUUGUUUUGUGUCUUUCUUUCCCAAACACUGAUUAAUAACAUAGGAGGCAUGAAUGUCGAGUUUGUUCAGAGAGAUUGAAGUCUGUUUUGUGCAUUUGAAGAAUGUAUGCAAAUACUGACCUGAGUCAGAUCAAUGCUCUCACUUUCCCAAUAGCCAAUGUAAAGAACUACCCAGAUAAUUUUACUGAUCUUCUUAUGGAGUUUAGAUUGUAGAUUUGAUGUUGUGGAUGGGAUCCCUGUUAUAUAUGGGAGAAUAUGGGCCUAAGGUGUUGUUUGGACCAGGGUAAGGAUUGUGUCUUACUCAGACUGGUUCAACUCAUGUAAAGCAUCAGAUUUAGUGUCAAUUCUAGAUUUUAGUUUAGGAAUCCUGUACAUUGUGUCAAAUUGAGGGAUCCAGUCCUUAUGAAUAUACAUAUAUUAAUGCCUGUAAUAUAAUCUUUGUAUGAGAGGAAGAGGACGAUUUCAUCAUUACUUGUUAACAUAUCAAACUGUUUUUAAUGGCAGAAGUCAUGCUAUCUUUAUUAGAAAUGUGAAAAUUUAAAAUAUUUCAUUAAAUCAAUUUGAAAUUCUC